GCCAGUGUCCAAACGGAGGCGCUGUGUCCUCCGUCCACACAGACCCUGACUGACUCCGUAGUGACGGCCCCUCUUCAGACGAAAAUUAAGAAGGUCCCAGCGGCCCCUCCUCAGGUUCUCCAGCAGGCCUUGGUGGCCCAGCAUGGCCCUGAGGUGAACCAUGACCCGCUGGCCAGCACUCGCCACUGACCAUCGAGAGUUGCAUCUCACCGGGAGGUGACCUCCUGCUGCCCCCUCUCACCCACCCCCACCCAGGAACGUGCCCGCGCCGCCACGGACACCAUGUAGUAGGGCCGCUGAGGCGCCCAGUGAGCUGCGAUGGUUUUGUACACGACUCCCUUUCCCAACAGCUGUCUGUCUGCCCUGCACUCCGUGUCCUGGGCCCUCAUCUUCCCAUGCUACUGGCUGGUGGACCGGCUCGUGGCCUCCUUCAAACCCACCACGUAUGAGAAGCGCCAGCAGGCCGACGACCCGUGCUACCUCCAGCUGCUCUGCACCGUGCUCUUCACGCCCGUCUACCUGGCCCUCCUGGUCGCCUCACUCCCUUUCGCGUUCCUUGGCUUCCUCCUCUGGUCCCCACUGCAGUCUGCCCGCAGGCCCUACAUCUACUCCCGGCUAGAGGACAAAGGCCCAGGGGGUGGGGCAGCCCUGCUCAGUGAAUGGAAGGGUACGGGUCCAGGCAAAAGCUUCUGCUUCGCCUCUGCCAACCUCUGCCUCCUCCCCGACUCACUGGCCAGAUACAACAACCUCUUUAACACCCAGGCUCGGGCCAAAGAGAUCGGGCAGAGAAUCCGAAACGGGGCCAGUCGGCCCCAGAUCAAAAUCUACAUCGAUUCUCCCACCAACACCUCCAUCAGCGCAGCCAGCUUCAGCAGCCUGGUGUCCCCGCAGGGCGGUGAUGGUGUGUCCAGGGGCGUCCCUGGGAGCAUUAAGAGGACGGCCUCGGUGGAAUACAAGGGCGACGGCGGGCGGCACCCCAGUGAUGAGGCUGCCAACGGCCCAGCCUCUGGGGAUCCAGGGGAUGGUGGCAACCUUGAGGACGCCUGCAUCGUGCGCAUCGGGGGAGAGGAGGGUGGCCGGCUCCCUGAAGUCGAUGACCCGCCUACUGGGGUCCAGGCCAGGAAUGGAGCCAGUGGGGGCUCACGGGGCCAGACACCCAACCACAAUCAGCGGGAUGGGGACUCGGGAAGUCUGGGCAGCCCCUCGGCCUCCAGGGAGUCCCUGGUGAAGACACGGGCCGGGGGGGACAGUGGCAGCGUGGAACCGGGCGCCACCAACAACAGCAAGCUCCCGUACAAGACCUCAGUGGUUAAGAAGGCCACUGCGCGCAAGAGGCGGCACCCCGACGAGGCCUUUGACCACGAGGUCUCGGCCUUCUUCCCUGCCAAUCUGGACUUCCUGUGCCUGCAGGAGGUGUUUGACAAGCGUGCGGCCGCCAAGUUGAAAGAGCGGCUGCACGGCUACUUCGAGUACAUCCUGUACGACGUGGGGGUCUAUGGCUGCCGCGGCUGCUGCAGCUUCAAAUUUUUCAACAGCGGCCUCUUCUUUGCCAGCCGCUACCCCAUCAUGGACGUGGCCUAUCACUGUUACCCCAACGGGCGAGGCUCGGAUUCCCUGGCCUCCAAGGGAGCGCUGUUUCUCAAGGUGCAGGUGGGAAGCACACCUCAGGACCAAAGAAUUGUCGGGUACAUCUCCUGCACACACCUGCAUGCUCUGCCAGAGGACAGUGCCAUCAGGUGUGAGCAGCUGGACAUGCUUCAGGACUGGCUGGCUGAUUUCCGAAAAUCUACCUCCUCGUCCAGCACAGCCAACCCCGAUGAGCUGGUGGCAUUUGACGUCAUUUGUGGAGAUCUGAACUUUGACAACUGCUCCUCUGACGACAAGCUGGAGCAGCAGCACUCCCUGUUUACACGCUACAAGGACCCGUGCCGCCUGGGGCCAGGGGACGAGAAGUCGUGGGCCAUCGGUACCCUGCUCGACACGGAUGGCCUCUAUGAUGAGGAUGUGAGCACCCCUGACAAUCUGCAAAAGGUCUUGGAGAGCGAGGAAGGACGCCGGGAGUACCUCGCCUUCCCCACCAGCAAGAGCCCCGGAGGAGGCCAGAAGGGGCGCAAGGACCUGCUGAAGGGCAAUGGCCGGCGCAUCGACUACCUGCUGCACGCCGAGGAGGGGCUGUGCCCCGACUGGAAGGCCGAAGUGGAAGAAUUCAUUUUUGUCACUCAGCUGUCGGGCCUGACAGACCACCUCCCGGUGGCCAUGCGGCUAAUGGUGUCUUCAGGAGAGGACGAGGCAUAAGCCAGCCAAGUAAUCAGGAGCAGCGGGCCUCUGCCAGCCUUUAAAGCCGCAGCCCCUCCCGGGCCACGUCCCCUCCGGCAAGCACCGCCUGGUGCUGGGGGAGGGCAGAGGCCUGGGAGGAGCCGCAGCCAGUCCCGGUGAGCUGAAGCAGCAUCGCCCUGCACCUCUGGGGCACACGCCGUGGACAGGAGUCAGGCCCACCCGGGGAGCCCCAGCUGCCCGACCAGUGCCAUUCUUUCACAACGUGAUUUUCUACAACUCUACAGCACAACCUAGUUUGUAACCGGUGGGUUAGUAUGAGAACCGGGUUUCUGUACUCUUUGUAUCUCUUCUCAAGCUUUGUCCAGGGUUCACUCUUUCUGUCUGCUGCCAUGUUGUCUCGCAUGCCCACACCCUCGCAUGCCCGCUGCCCGCAUGCCACGUGCCACGCCGUAGCCACACAGACCCCUUGCUCGGGCCUCACCCAAGGCCAAACUCCAAACACAAUCAGAACCAGCCAAAGAAGCACUUCUGGGCACAGGGCCGCCAGCUGGCCGCCUCCAGCCCGACAGCUCAUGAGCAGGGACCGGAGGGCUGUGUCCAGUUACCAGCAAGCCCACACUCCCCCCAGGGUCUUGCAUUCAAGGGCGAUUACAUUUUAAAAAGAAAAGUUCAGAGCAAAAACCACCCUUCACGUUUAAGGGUCUGUAAGCCCUGAGUGAGAACGUUUGCUCUUCCUGAGUGGGGCUCCCUUCCUGGCACACCAGGGCCCCCACCGCAGGUUCUCUCUGAUGUGGGCAAUAGAACCAGAGGCAAGAAUGCAGAAAUGCACCCUUUCUUACAGGAAGGGGAACUCAAAAGCAAGGGGGUUAGGCAGGGUUUCUGGUUUUGAAAAUGACUGAUUUGUAGCUUCUCUCAAAACCUACACAUCCUCUUCUUUCUGACUGAUCCCUCUCCCCUCCAGACACCUCUCUGGUUCGGGACUAACCCUCUCCUAGGGACUGUCCCCAUCCACAUGCUGGCUGAGCUCAGGAACUGGCCAACUGCCUCUGGGUGGGGCUGCGGCUUCGUCCUCACAAGCCCUCAACAGCGACCCAGGGCCCCGGACGCAAGGGUGGAAGUCAAGGCGGGGAGAGUGACCUGUCCCCUCAACAAUAUGCAGGAUGCAGCAGCCAUCGUACCCAGGUCAGGGAGAGGCACUGCUGGUAUCCAGGAGCACAGGCACCUACCCUGUCACCAUGCCAGCAGGGCAGCCCUGGGCACUAGGCACAGCUGCUGGAGGCUGCAGGUGAGGCCUGCAGUUCCCCACCGCACAGCAGCACUGCCUCUGCUCCCUGCCUUUUUAAAUACCCCCACGGAUACCCCACAGUCAGACAGGGAGGGUUUUGUCUGUUUCCUGGUGCGAGGCUCCUCCCACUAGGGACACUGUUCUUGACAACCACCACAGGUCCCCUCCUCCCAGGACGCUGACCUCCCAGGAUCCCACCUGCUGGGGGAGCACUGAUGCUGUGCCUUGUGACCCACUGAGCUGCAUAAGGGACCUAAAGGGGGUCACGCAGCCAGCCAGACACCAGGUUCUGUGCUGGGGGAGACUGGCCCUGACAGCCACACUGAGGGGGCACUGGUUGGGCAGUGCUGGGCUGAGGGCUUUGCUGCCAGGAGCACUUCCCUGGCUAGGCCCCCAGCAACAUCCAGAGCUAUGAGUGGCUGCUCAUCACUGAGGGCAUUUUCCUUUUGGGGCCCUGCUGUACCCCUCCUCUGAGGCUGGUCUUCCUGGGCCUUGGUUAGGGGCAGCCUAACCUGGGGCAGCCAGGAAUCUGCUCACACAGGCCAGGGGCCCCAGGCUUUGAGCCAGCCAAAUGGCCAAAGCAGAGGAGGUAGAUGCCAGGGCUCCUGAGGCCGAGCAGCCAGCACCACGUCCCUCCCUCAGAGGGGCCACUGCCCAACCCAGGCCGCUCGCAGUGGGAGCCAGAGCACAGGGGUGCCUGCUUAUCUCCCCAACUCACAGGGCGGCCUUAGGCAAGUCAUACCUCCCUGUGCCUCGGUCAUCUCCUGUCCUAAAAGGUCGCCUCUGUCCAGCUUGGCCUGGCAUCCAGAGCAGGGCCGGCCCUCCAGAGCCCCUCGCACCUCCUCUCCAGUGGCCUCGGCGCCUGGGUCACCAUCACACAACCACGUUUCUCGAAGCCUGUGGACUCCCAGGCCAUGAACAGCCAGACUUUUGCAUUUUCACUUUUUUUUUUUAAAGAGAGAAAAGAAACAUUACCAGGAUGUGAGAUUCUGUGGCAUCUAGUCCUGGAAGGGCAGACACAGGUGUCACCCAAAUCCCAGACCAAGACCCCACGCCUGGCCUCCUCUGAAGAAGCCAGGAGGUGGGGGUCAGCUUCAGAGGAAACGGCCAUUUCAUUUGUCCAAACCACCUUGAGUUUUAAGUAUGAAUAUUACUCUUGAUGCUUUUUAACUAUUGUAUUAACUUGCUGAGAUUUAGAAAUACUGUUUUAAAAAAGAAAAACACUUUUUUAAUUUCUGUAUUUUUUUCUGUAUUGUAUCCUCAUGGGACAUUAGGGGUUUUAUAUGGUAAGCACACCUAAGGUUUUGGUAAAAACAUUAUCAAAUAUAUAUCCAGACGAUUCUUCCCUUGAAGAAAAACAACCUUUACACCUGAUAAAAUAUUUUGAAAAGAGAGGUGUUUUUUUCCUUUAUUGGUGCUGAAAGGAAGGAUGGAUAAUGAGGAGAAAAUAAAACUGUGAGGCUCAAGUUUGUGUU